CUCCGUCAAGCCAAGAGGACAUGCAGCUCGUCAGCGAGCUGUCAGCAGUCAUCGAAGAUGCAGCUUCUUUGAACGAGGCGGGGACGAGCGAGCCGAUCAAGCUGGUCCUGGACAAGGCCGUUGGCAACCUCCACGACACCUUCUACUCUCCGGGGAGCCUGGAGUUCAUGUCGCUGGGAGAGUGGGCGAAGAUGCCAGAGGAGCAGGGAGUUGGGCGCAACGUUCUCAAGGAGAAGCUGGGGAAGUGGCUGCAGAGCAAGCGCUGGACUCGCGUGCAAGGAGAGAGCAAGAAGGCAAGGAGGGGCAGCGCGUUCUCGCCACGGGCAACGGCAGCUGCUGAGCUUGAGCAGGAGGCGGAGAGCGACGACAUAGAGCGUCGAUCUCUUAGCUUCCUGUUCAUAGCACUGAGUAAAUUCGCAGAGAUGCAUGUGCUGGCCUGCUCGCUGAAGGUGGACAAGAAGGACCGACUGCGGGUGGAGAUGAGGGAAGAUGGCGAAGAAGAGGAAGACAUGGAGGAAGAGCAAGGCGAGGGCGAGGAAGAAGACGGGGCGAGCCCGUACCGAGCUUGAGCUGAGCUCAAGGUAAGUAGAGAAGGUGGAGGCGACCGAAGGCCAAGGUGAGAAGAGGCAACUCUUCUGACUGAAGCUGAGGAAGCUGAAUGGAGGAGGAGUAGGUGGCGACCGAAGGCCAAGGUGAGGAGAGGCAACUCUUCUGACUGAGGCUGAGGAAGCUGAAUGGAGGUAGAGUAGGUGGCGACCGAAGGCCAAGGUGAGGAGAGGCAACUCUCCUGACUGAGGCUGAGGAAGCCAAGAGAAGACAGCAGAAGUAGAGAGUAGAAAGACGCCUCAGAAGCAGGGUCUAGCAUUCUAAUAAACUC